CUCAAGCCCAAACGAAAUCCAAUAAAAUCAUGGGCUAAAACCGAAACCACAUAAAACUUCAAAGCCACGUACACUUUCCAAAUCUUUCCCUCCUUUAUGAGCUUCCAUGGAGAUUUCCUCAAAUACCAAUAUCGUCUCCUCCAACUUCUCCAAUCUUGUUCAAAACUUCGUGCCCUUGACACAACAAAGCCACUCCAUGCACUCACCAUUACUAUCGGCCCAAACCCAGAGCAAUCCACCUUUGUUUACAACAAUAUUAUUUCUUUCUAUGCAUCAUUCAACCAAGUACCAAUGGCGCACAAAGUGUUCGACAAUAUGCCUCAAAGAAACAAAGUGUCUUACAAUUCAAUUAUUAGCUGUUUUAGUAAAUAUGGUUAUUUAGAGGAAGCUUGGAGAACGUUUUGUGAGAUGAUAGAUUGUGGGUUCAGGCCGAAUAACUUUACCUUGUCUGGUUUGUUAUCGUGUGCGUCAAUGGAUGUCGGUCGUGGGAUUAUGUUGCAGGCACUGGCAAUAAAGAACGGGUUGUUCUGUAGUGAUGCUUUUGUGGGCACUGCUUUGUUGGGUUUAUUUGGAAGAUGUGGGUGGUUAGAUGAAGCAUUCCAUGUUUUUGAAGAUAUGCCUAAUAAAAGCUUGGUGACAUGGAAUUCGAUGAUAUCAUUGUUGGGGCAUCAUGGUUUUGUGGAAGAUUGUGUUGUUUUGUUUCGCAAGCUUGUUAGGAAAGAGGGUUCUUUGUCUAAAUGUUCUUUUGAGGGUGUUUUAUCGGGGUUGGUGUGUGAAGAAGAUUUGGAAUUCGGAGGACAAAUUCAUGGUUUGGUCAUUAAAAGCGGGCUUGAUUGUGAAGUUUUAGUUUCGAAUUCUCUUAUCAAUAUGUAUGCGAGACGUUCAAGCAUGUCCCAAGUGGAGAAACUGUUUGAGGAAGUAGAUGGUAGGGAUGUAGUCACGUGGAACACAAUAAUUAGUGCCUUCUCAAAAAGUAAGAACCCUGGAAAAGCAUUAGAAGUCUUUCUGAAAAUGUCUGAGGAUGGAAUAAUGCCUAACCAGACCACAUUUGUAAGUGUCAUUAACUCUUGCACCAGUUUGCUGGUCCCAAUGUGUGGAGAAUAUGUCCAUGGUAAAAUAGUGAAAACUGCUCUUGAAACAGAUGUUUAUUUGGGUAGUGCCUUGGUUGAUUAUUAUGCCAAAUGUGGUAAACUGGAUAAUGCCCAUUAUUGCUUUCGCGAGAUACAUCAGAAGAAUGUGGUCUCUUGGAAUUCUUUGAUCCUCGGUUAUGCAAAUAAAUGCUCUUUUGCUUCUGUUUCUUUGUUGCUAGAAAUGCUCAAGUUAGGCUUCCGACCUAAUGAAUUUUCAUUUUCUGCUGUUCUUAAAUCAUCCUUGGUUUUAGAGCUAAAGCAGAUUCAUAGCCUGACUAUAAGAUUGGGCUAUGAGAAUAAUGAAUAUGUAUUGACCUCCCUUAUUACCUCCUAUGGCAGGAAUGGUCUCAUAACUGAUGCUCUGAUCUUUGUUAAAGCUUCUGAAACACUACUUGCUGUUGUUCCCGCUAACAGCAUUGCUGGAAUUUAUAACAGAUCUGGCCAAUACUUUGAGACAUUAAAGUUUCUUUCUCAGCUUGAAGAACCAGACACUGUGUCUUGGAACAUUGUUAUUGCAGCUUGUGCACGCAAUGGAAAUUACAAUGAGGUUUUUGAACUUUUUAAACACAUGCGUGUUGCUCAAAUGCUUCCAGACAAUUACACAUAUACAAGUCUUCUAUGUGUGUGUAGUAAGGUCUGUAACCUUGCUCUGGGAAGUUCUAUUCAUGGUCUCCUCAUAAAGACUAAUUUCAGUUAUUUUGAUAUUGUUGUCCGCAAUGUGUUAAUAGACAUGUAUGGAAAGUGUGGCAACCUUGAAAGUUCAGUAAAGAUUUUUGACAGUAUGACAGAGAGAAACCUAAUUACAUGGACAGCUCUAAUUUCAGCCCUUGGAAUUAAUGGCUGUGCUCAGGAAGCAUUAGAAAGGUUUAAUGAUAUGGAAUUUCUAGGUUCUAGACCUGAUAAGGUUGCUUUUAUUGCGGUGCUUACGGCAUGCAGACAUGGUGCUUUAGUCAGAGAAGGGAUGCAGUUGUUUGGUAAAAUGAAUAAUUACCAUAUUGAACCAGAUAUGGAUCAUUAUCAUUGUUUAGUGGACUUAUUGGCUAGGAAUGGACAUCUUGAGGAAGCAGAGAAAGUGAUUUCCUGCAUGCCUUUCCCACCAGAUGCCCAAAUAUGGCGUAGCUUUCUUGAAGGUUGCAAGAAACGUAGAAAUACUGAGGAUCAUGCAGUGUGCAUAAAGUAAAAGUCAGUUCUUGACAUUAGUGCAUGCAUGCAGAGGAUUAAGCCUUCAACAUGUAAACUUGAAAUUAUUUUCUCAAAGGUUCCUUUCGAGACGUUGUGUAGCCUUUGCCUCCAGAUAAAGAAAGAGAGUUCAGACACUCUGAAUUUCCAAGGCCAAUUAUUUGUUGGUCAUGCUGAUUAAAUGUGCCAGGUGUGGAGGCCAAAUUAACAGUUGGAGAAUUACUGAAAUGACCCUCUCUUCUCUGCUUAUCUCAAGUGUCGCAUAGGUCUAUAUUGGUCAUGUAAUUUUGUAAAUUAACCAAUCAGGAGUGUGCAUCAUCAUCCAUGAAACUCUACCUUUAAACCUGCAUUAUCAGAGCCAAACAUUGCCCUUAACCAACAGAGAUGCCAGUUUGAGCACUUUCUCCUCCUUCAGUUUGUGGCUUUGCAUGGCCCACCCUAAGGCUUUCCUAUGUUCAAUGGUAAAGUCUGUCCCUUGUAUGUCAAACUAGGAUAUUGUAAGAUUCCUGCAUUCUAAAGCAGUUCGUGAUUUGUUUUUUGGAACAACUAGACUAAUUCAUGAUAGUGUCACACAAUCUUUGGUGACUCACUUGCAUUUCAUUCAAACGGUUUGGUCCAUAAGUUCUUUAUGCAACGGCCUAUUCUUGAAGGCUUAGGGUAAUGACCAUCUCUCUCAGUCAUUUCUGCCCUUAAGCACCAAGUAUUUUCAAUGAUGAUCCAAUGAGCAUAAGAUCAAUUAAGAAAAACAGAAUGAAAUUCAUAGUAUCUGUUAUCAGCUGGGGGAUCUGAAACUAUGGCAGGCUGCAAAAUAUUAAAGCCUCAAGAGCCCAUAUCAGAUGUCCCUAUUAUGUCAUGCAGGACUGAAAAGGAACAGUGCGAGGAUUUUGAUGCUCCCUCAUGAUGCAUAUGAUGUUAAGUUGGAACUCUUAAGGAAGAGAACAACAAAAUACGAAGAAGAAGAAGAAGAAAUUUGAAAGAAAAAUUUCACAUGCUUUAGACAACAGAAAAAGUUUUUUCUGCUUAAAUGGUAGCUGAUAUUAACAAAACAGGAAGAGAAUGUGGGUUGGCAGGCGGGGAGGUCCUAUAAAGAUACUCAUGAAAAAAGGUCAAGCUCUUCAAUGCAGAGAUGAAAUUGUGGAUGUGGUCCAUCACGUCCAAAAUUGUCCAUUAAGCUGUUUAAACUUAAAAGUGCAUCUAUUGGCAAGUUUUGAUGCUACCCGUUUUUAGUGGAAGAGGGAAGCAAUGGGGAGUCGCUCUUUUGAUAGUGGUUUAAGGUGAUGGAAGACCACAUGCAUUGCAAGAUUAUCUUAUUUAAAGAGGAGAGAGCAUUUUGCUAAAGGAAUGGCCACUGCUGUGUUUCACCAAGCCUUAGGGGCAGCUCAGUCCCAUCAACACCUCCAGAACUCUGGCUCUCAUUAUGAACUUGUCAAUGCUUCGGUGAAACUGAUAGGUUUUAAGGUUGACAGUGGACUGCCAAGAAGAGGGAGUUGUAGUUCUUGUAAGAGGAAAUUUGGUGUUCUUCAAGAAUCAAGCCUAAGCUUCUCAAACUUAAGUGGUUCAACCAGUUUCAUAUCCCCCAAAUCACAGCACUGAUGAGUUGCGAAAGAAAUAAGUGUGCUUGUUUCAUUUUGAAAGCUUCUUUUGGGGCUCGAAAGGGUAGGAAAAGAAGCAUGUAAUGAUGAAAGUAACUUCCUUUAAUAUGUACUUUGUUGUGAUUCAUAUCUUUUUUAACAACACUGAAUUAGUGUCAUAUCUGCUCUAGCACUACGCUCA